CGCUCGUCAGUGGUUUCCGUUCCUCUAACAGCUUCCGGGUCAGUUUGGUGGGUGACAAUGUGGGCAGGGGGUCUCUGCUAAUUGUCACUUGUAGCGGAGGCGCUGGCUGGGUAUCCUGCAGCCUGUAACACAGCCGCAUCCCCAACCCCGGCGUACCUUCUCACCGGCUCGGUCUCACUGUAAACCCGGAGCCCCCGGCCGGGAGCGGCUGCAGGCGUUCAACAAUGCAAGGAGGGGAUGUGACAGUUACAGCUUCAGCCUCCAUGAAAGUGCCUGAACCUGAUGUGAAAGCAGAAGCGUCUGUCCACAAACUGGUGGGGAGAGGAAAGGGCUGGCAGUACAGUGAUCACAUGGAGAAUGUGUAUGGAUACUUGAUGAAAUAUACUAAUCUUGUUACUGGCUGGCAAUAUCGAUUCUUUGUUUUAAAUAAUGAAGCUGGACUGCUAGAAUAUUUUGUCAAUGAGCAAUCCAGAAAUCAGAAGCCAAGAGGCACUUUGCAGCUAGCAGGGGCCGUCAUCUCACCAAGUGAUGAAGAUUCUCACACAUUUACUGUCAAUGCAGCCAUUGGAGAGCAGUAUAAACUAAGAGCCACUGAUGCAAAAGAACGUCAACACUGGGUUAGUAGACUUCAGAUCUGUACUCAACACCAUACAGAAGCUAUUGGGAAGAAUAAUCCACCCUUGAAAUCUCGAAGUUUUUCCCUGGCUUCUCAGGGAAGCAAUUCUCCAGGUGUGCAGAGAAGAGCAAGCCAGAAUGCUGCUACUUUCUUUGGUGUAACUCAUCACAAGGGACUGGGGCUGUCAAAGCGGUCCCACACCUUGCAGCCAGACCACUUGGUGGAUGUUCGAGAGAAGAUGAACCAGGCUGAAGGACAACACAAGGAUCUGGUACGAACCAUUGAAGGACUUCCACCCUUUGGAGAACAAAUAUCAGCACUGGACCAAGAUCUGCUUAUGCUCAAAGCCACUACAAUGGCAACAAUGAACUGUUUGAAUGAAUGCUUUCACAUUCUGCAGCUCCAGCAGGCAGCCUACCAGAGAAGUCCCUUUUCUUCAGGGACAACUAUUGAAUGGUUGGAACCCAAAUUGCCACUUUCGGACCAUCUUAAGAAUGGAAGGGCACAUCAAUCGUCAACUGAGAAAGAUCAGUCAAAAGCUGCUAGUGGGGAACAGCCUGUUUCUGAACCCUGCCAAUCAACACGGAAAUGCCCUUGCAUACUUUUUCAUCAUUUUGAGGAGAAGUGGAGUGACCAAUUGAAUCUUGCUGAGCCAGGGUUACAGGAGAAUGCAUUAGGCAAUAAGAAAGCUGUAACUUGCCCACUGGUACUUCAUUACAAUUUUUCUAAGGAGCCUGAGAAAAUAAAUCCAGAUGAUGAGAUAGAAGAUGCUUUUGAGAACAAUGAGGAAGAUGAUGUUGGAGUUGUAGAAGAGCAGCGUAGUGUAAUAUUGCACUUACUGUCUCAGCUGAAGCUCGGUAUGGAUUUGACACGAGUGGUUCUUCCAACUUUCAUACUGGAAAAACGUUCGUUGCUGGAGAUGUAUGCAGAUUUUAUGUCCCAUCCAGACCUCUUCAUUGCUAUCACAGAUGGUGCUACCCCUGAAGAGAGGAUGAUCUGCUUUGUUGAGUAUUACCUCACCUCAUUCCAUGAAGGCCGCAAGGGAGCCAUUGCUAAGAAACCAUACAAUCCAAUUAUUGGUGAAACAUUUCACUGUUCAUGGAAUAUACCAAAAAACACAAUAAACAAUAAAUCAUCCAAUACCUCAUCGCAGAGUUGUCAUCAGAAGACAAAGUGUUCUGAUGGGACAGAGGGAGGAGGCCAGUCAGACUAUCAUUUAAGAUUUGUGGCAGAGCAGGUAUCCCAUCAUCCACCUGUUUCAGGAUUUUAUGUAGAGUGUGAAGAGAAAAACAUGUGUGCAAAUACACAUGUAUGGACGAAAAGCAAGUUUAUGGGCAUGUCCAUUGGAGUUGUAAUGAUUGGAGAAGGUCUAUUGUGCCUCUUGGAGCAUGGAGAGGAGUACACAUUUACCCUUCCUUGCGCGUAUGCUCGUUCCAUUUUGACAGUUCCUUGGGUAGAACUUGGAGGAAAAGUUAAUGUCAACUGUGCAAAGACAGGUUACUCUGCAGCUAUAACUUUCCACACAAAGCCAUUUUAUGGUGGCAAACUUCACAGGGUGACAGCUGAAGUAAAACACAAUUUAACGAACACUGUUGUGUGCAGAGUGCAGGGUGAAUGGAAUGGCCUGCUUGAAUUCACUUAUAACAAUGGAAACAGUAAAAUCGUAGAUGUAACUAAACUUCCUGUCACAAAAAAGCGAGUGCGACCAACUGAGAAACAAGGCCCCUUUGAAUCCAGACACUUGUGGCAACGUGUUACCGAAGCUUUGAGGAUAAGCAACAUAGAGAAGGCAACUGAAUAUAAGAGCUUACUGGAGGAACGUCAGAGAUCAGAAGCACGACAUCGUGCAGAAACAGAGACACCAUGGCAGACAAAAUAUUUCCAUCAGGAGGGUGAUGCAUGGAUCUACUACAAGCCACUAUGGAGAUCUACAAGAGACAGCAUUGAGACAACUGCACCAGCACCUUAGAUUCUGCGCAACUGGACUAGAACAACAUGGCUUUAAGUAAUAAGCAUUCAGAAACAAAGCUGUGACCAAUGUUGUUUAGCCAUAAUGACUUCAUAUUAAAAUGUAAAAUGCAGUUAAUCUCUCAGCUGCUUUUAUCCAACAUUGUGUGUCUGUAUGAGAUUGUAUAAGUGCUCUAAGUGCACAUUGGCAUGGUAACAUGAAGGGGACUUUAAAGUUAAGGAAAACAAGUGAACGCAGUUUUUAUCUUCAACUACAUUUUGUAUCUUACCUAAAGCCUUUUGACUUAAAUUACUUUUUGGCAAGGAUCUUGUAUUAUUUUGACACCAGUACUUGAAAGAGGUAUUGCUUCAGUGAUUGAUGCUGCCUCAGAACAAAGAUUUAUUUCUAACUGGCACAGUGUAGUGCUUUUUUUGGCUUGUUUGUGCAGUUGACAAGAAUGGCUGAGAGACAGGACUGUUGAUUCAGCCUGUGAACUGUUGUAACUAAAAGAUGCCAGGGUGACCUUUUGGCUUAAUCUAUUAUUUAAGUUGUUUUUUAAAGAAAAAGUCUAUUCGGGAGAAAUUUGUCGUAAGAAAUUCCUUUUAAGUACAUUUCUUUAAAAAUUGCAGGCAAUUAAAAAAAAAUCCCAACGAAGGGUAAGCAAAUUGAAAACAGAGUUCUUGUUACAUUGAGUAAUGUCAUUCAAAACACCUCGUUUCCGAAGCAUUGUGCCUUACGCUGUAUUUUUUUUAGCAUAGUCUUCCAGUUAGUGCAUGUGACAUUGUCUGUUGCAUCUUAAUUAUGGCUGAGUUAACUUUUCUUCAUGAACUGAAAGUAUAAUGAAUUUUAUGAAUUAUUUGUUUCAAGUUUCUUGCAGAAACGACUUAGUAAGUAAACCAGCAUAAGUAUGAGGAUGUGAUUUUAAAAUAAUUACUUUCAAGGGAACAAUAUAGAAAAAAUGUCUCUAGUGAUGGUGAAACCAUGAUGAUUUGCUUCAUGAGUGGAAAAGUCCCAUAUGUCAUGAUUGCUAUUGGCACAAAGUAAACUAUGGUCUUUCACACUGGUGGAAAAACCUGGAACCACUAACAUUGCUGAGAUAUGCUGUUUACUCUUUGCGUGUGUGGCUCUUGAGCAUUGCAAUAAAUCUGAUAUGCCACAAGUUACUGCUGACCAUUAAUUGUUAUGUCACAUGAAUUUUUUUCUCUUUAGUUAAAUUUUGACCUUGUGACAGUGAAAGCACUAUUCACGCUUCAUGGAAUAAAUUUUGCAGUCCAUGCAUUGACAGUUGAAAGAUGGCUUUUUCUAAUUUAUGUGAAAGACAUAGCUUACAAAAUAAGCUUAGAAGUUCUGCAAUGUUCCACAUGUUAGAUAAGUUGUCACUCAUUUGUGUGAGAUUCUGUUUGUAUUUUUUUUUUAAGUUUAAUUGAAAUUUAACAGGACAGAUCUGAAUUCAAAAAAACCUUAUCAUGUUUAGUUGCUGGGAUAUUUAGGAGAGAAAUGAGCAGUACACAUACUGUAGAAUUUUUCAUCUGAGGUAUCUUAAUAUCUAAAGCAGAAAACAUCAUUACUCAUUGUGUUUAAAAUCAAAAUGAAAGUGUAUUGAUAGUCACACAACAUUUUGAAGAUGCUACAGUCCUGUAUAUUUUGCAAUCAUGUACAAUGCACUGAAGGAAACUCAAAAUGACACUCCUGUAGUAGUAGCAAGUGUGAAAAGAUUGAAUUAAAUAUACUGCAAAAACAA